AUGUCAAAGCUAAACCUGGACGAAGCGAACUCGAUGCAGAUGGGAAAAGUUCAUGGACCGUUUUUCCUGGAAAGCAUCGUGUGCCAGACCAACCACAUGCUAACCUCGAAGGGUGUUUUCUUGGGCAGUGACCCUUUCAAAUAUGCUAUGCCACUUCUAUUGCUGCAAAUGUCCGCCAUCAUCAUCACCUCAAGGCUUCUCUUCUACCUCCUCAAGCCCUUGAAGCAAGGCAUGAUCUCUGCCCAAGUCUUGGCUGGUAUAAUCCUAGGACCUUCUCUCUUUGGCCAAAGCAGCGGAUACAUGGAUAUGUUCAUGCCCUUGAGCGGAAAAAUCACUUUACAAACGGUGUCAAACGUGGGUUUCUUCAUCCAUCUCUUCUUACUCGGGCUAAGAAUCGACGCUAGCAUUCUCCGUAAAGCCGGUUCCAAAGCCAUAGUCAUCGGUACAGCCUCCUACGCCGUCCCAUUCGCCCUCGGUAACCUCACCGUCCUCUUCUUGAAAAACACUUACAAGCUCCCACCGGAGGUUGUCCACUGCAUCAGCACAGUGAUCUCCCUCAGCGCAAUGACUUCUUUCCCGGUCACCACGACCGUUUUAGCCGAGCUCAACAUCCUUAACUCUGAUCUCGGACGGUUAGCCACAAACUGCUCCAUAGUCUGCGAGGCCUUUAGCUGGGUGGUGGCCCUCGUUUUCAGAAUGUUCUUGCGAGACGGGACACUCUCUAGCAUGUGGUCUUUUGGUUGGGUCACGGGUCUUCUCGUCAUGAUUGUUUUCAUCUGCAGACCGAUGAUCAUCUGGUUGACUGAAAGAAGAAGUGUUUCGAUCGAUAAAGCAGGCGAGAUCCCAUUCUUCCCGAUCGUAAUGAUCUUGUUGAGUGUAAGCUUGAUGUCCGAAGUGCUUGGCGUCCACGCGGCUUUCGGAGCGUUCUGGCUCGGAGUAUCGCUCCCUGACGGACCUCCGCUUGGGACAGGGCUCACGACCAAGCUCGAGAUGUUUGCGUCGAGCCUUAUGCUUCCUUGUUUCAUCGCCAUUAGUGGGUUGCAGACCAAUUUCUUCGUGAUUGGAGAGAGCCACGUGAAGAUCAUUGAGGCCGUGAUCCUCAUCACCUAUACCUGCAAGUUCCUCGGAACUGCAGCCGCUUCCGCGUAUUGCAACAUACAGAUCGGAGACGCUCUUUCUUUGGCCUUCUUGAUGUGUUGCCAAGGCAUCAUCGAGAUCUACACCUCCGUCAUGUGGAAAGACGAGAAGGUUCUAAACACAGAGUGCUUCAAUCUUGUUAUCAUCACGCUCUUGCUCGUGACGGGGAUUUCGAGAUUCCUCGUCGUGUGCCUCUACGACCCGUCGAAACGCUACAGAAGCAAGAGCAAGAGAACGAUACUCAACACGAGACAGCGAAACCUUCAGUUCCGCCUCCUCCUCUGUGUUUACAACGUCGAAAACGUACCUUCCAUGGUUAACCUCCUAGAAGCUUCUUACCCAAGUAGGUUCAGCCCGAUCUCAGUCUUCACGCUGCACCUCGUCGAGCUCAAAGGCCGAGCGCACGCGGUGCUCAUGCCGCAUCACCAGAUGAACAAACUCGAUCCCAACACGACACAAUCCACGCACAUCGUCAACGGUUUCCAACGCUUCGAGCAACAGCACCAAGGAACCCUAAUGGCUCAGCAUUUCACAGCUGCAGCUCCAUUCUCCAGCAUCAACGACGACAUUUGCACUCUCGCCCUCGACAAGAAAGCGACGCUCAUCGUCAUCCCGUUCCACAAACAGUACGCCAUAGACGGAAACGUCGACCGCGUGAACUCUGCGAUCCGUAGCAUAAACCUAAACGUGCUUGACAAGGCACCUUGCUCGGUUGGGAUAUUCAUCGACCGUGGAGAAACAGAAGGCCGACGCUCGGUGCUCAUGAGCCACACGUGGAGGAACAUCGCCGUGAUCUUCAUCGGAGGCCGAGAUGACGCGGAAGCGCUCGCGUUCUGUAUGAGAAUCGCCGAGCACCCGGAAGUGAACGUAACAAUGAUCCAUUUCCGGCACAAGAGCUCCAUACACAGCGUAGUAGAAGAAGAAAACGAAUUCUCUGAGUCUCACCUUAUAAACGAUUUCAAGAGCUUCUCGCUGAACAAGCCUAAAGUGAAUUACAGAGAAGAGAUCGUGAGAGAUGGCGUGGAGACCACGCAAGUGAUUAGUGCACUUGGGGAUUCGUACGAUAUGGUGGUUGUGGGUCGUGACCAUGACCUUGAGUCUUCCGUGCUGUACGGACUGACGGACUGGAGCGAGUGUCCUGAGCUAGGUGUGGUCGGAGACAUGUUUGCGUCGACGGAUUUUCAUUUCUCGGUGCUUGUGGUUCACCAGCAAGAAGGAGAGUCUCUUGCGAUGGACAAUAGCUAUAAAUUGCCAGUUUCGCCUCCUCCUAGGACUGGGGAUACCAGAGUACACCCACGUUUCUCUGUUGAAGAAGGGUUUACCUCUGUUGAUCUUCAUAACACCCGUUGA